CGAAUAGUAACCAUAUUUACUUUAUUAAACUUCAUACCUGCAAAAUGUUAUCACUCUAAUCCAUAGUACAGAAAUCACUAACAAAAAGAUUUACUCUGGGGGCUGGUUAAGAGCACCGGCUGCUCUUUUAGAGGACCUGGGUUUGAUUCCCAGCAUGCACAUGGCAGCUCACUGGAGUCUGUAACUCCAGUUUCAUGGGAUCUGACGCCCUCUUCUGGACUCUUGAGGCACCAAGCAGGGAUGUGGUACACAGAUAUACCUGAAAAACACACACAACUAAAAUGUUUUUCUCUACCCUAUGUAAGAUCUAGAGUAUUGGGUUUUCUUAAGCCCCGUGCUUUGCAGGCAACCGUUCUGACCAGACACAGCUAAAUGCCUGGUGGCCAUGAGAAGCUGUAAUUUCUGACUCUAGUCUUUGGGUUUCUACUUUGUUUUGUUUUGUGUGUUUUGAGACAGGAUCUUACUAUAAGGAUAGCCCAGGCUAUUCUUAAAGCAAUACUCAACCUCUUGAGUACUAAGAUUAUAGAACUGCACCACCAUAUCUGGCUGAGGUUUUUCUCCUCUCCUUUCUCCUUCCUUCCUCUUUAAGACGGGGUCUAAUGUAUUCCUGGCUGGCCUUGAGCUCACUGUGUGUCCCAAGGAUGACCUUGAACUCCGGCCUCCAGAAUGCUGGAAUUACAAGUAUGCAUCACCAGAGUUGUUUUGAUUUGGUGCUGGGAGCAGAACCCAGGGCCUUGUGUAUGGCAGGUAAGCACACUAUCACGUCCAUUCCCUAGCCCCUAGGCUUUUCCCUCCAAAGCCACUACACGUUCCUUUACGGGUGUGUGCGUGUGUGUGUGUGUGUGUCUUCAUUCACAAAAUAUUCGCCAGCCUACUGUGGACUUGUAAUUUCUGUUUGUGUAGUUAAAAGUGAAAAUAAAAACACUUACUAGGGAGUGGAAAGCAGCCUGGAGGUGCCCUCCCACCCCAGCACAGACUUAUCUUGUUUUCUGGGGAGCCUGAACUGGAAAGGCCCGAUCCUUAGCCUGGGGGUAAAAAGGGGGGCAAGAUAAUGACAUAAUUAAGGCUUGUGGCCCGGCACUUUUGAUCUUCAAGGACUAGAGCCCACAUGGCUGAGGCUCCAUUUGGGUUAAUUGCCCAGAACCAAGAAAGCUUUGCCCAGAGAUAAAGGGAAACUGGUGUUUCAACACUACAAAUUGUUCUGGGAUGGCUCUGGCAGAGCCUGGAAGCCUGGGGCCCAGAUGGCCCCACCCUUACAGAGAGGGUCCAGUGGGUUGCUGGGGACUGCUGGGGGUAGAGACCACCUGCAGGGGCGCAGCACCGACUUCCACUUUGGUUAUUUUUCCAGAUAAAGGAACGGAAUUCAGGGCAAGCCAGGGACAGAGCACACAAGACCAAAGUUAAGCAGCAAAGAGCAGGGAGACCUUCCAGGGGGGUGUGGCAAGUGGUGCGGUGUGCAGUCCUGGAGCUACCCAUUUAUAUUGCCUUCACACACUUGCCUAAUACAAAAGCAACCUGGGCCACUCCAUAUUCUUGGAUCUCCCAGGGGAUGAGGCACUCAGUGCCUGGGACCCAGUCUCACCUUGCUCUAUCAUUGGGAAGGGGGUCUAAGUCCCUUUGCCUCAGGGUGGCUGUUUGAAAUUAUUUUACAGGGCAAAAGACCGGCAUCGGUAUCAGAGCUCAGUAUCGGUCCUUGCAGCUGAUGAGUAACAAUGGCUGCAAUAAUUGAGCACGGAUAAUUGAGUUCCAAGCAGUUGAAGGGCACUAGCUAGGUGGAUGAGUCUUUGGUGAAAAGGUGUGCUUUACGUUUAAAAUGAUGAGCAAAUUGGAUGGUCUCCCUCCUUUCAAAGCUUCUCUGUAAAGUCUGGGUCUUGGGUUGAGAGGGUACCAACAAGGGUUAGAUGCUACCUGGUCACCCCAGCUGCGCACUCCCUCUCUUGAGCUAUUUGAAACACUUGACACUUUAAUUAUGGGCGGGAGGAUAUGUCGCACUGUGCCGGGGGCACUGGAGACAGGACGGAAGCAUCUGUUCUGGGGGCGACCGGACAUCUCUGGUCACCGCCAGGUGCACUGUCUGGUUCCUCUCCCCACCUUUCUAAGCUCCCGGCUGCUUACCGCCUACUUCCUCCAGGGACCCUCCAGCUGACCUCAGGCGCCCACAGUCCCUAAGAUGCUCCUAGUUAGGACUGGAUUUUGGGGGGAAUGGGUGGGUGCGGGUCUUUCUCUCGAAUCCGACUUGGGGGAUUGUUCUCAGCUGCUGGGGCGGGGAUGCCCCAUGGAGCCUGGAGCGACGCACCUACAGGCUAGGGCAGCAGCCGCCCACACCUCCUCCGACUCUAAAGUAUAUUUAGCCUCAUUAUCAAAUGUUUGCAGUGAACCGAGUGAACCGCCUAAUAGCGGCUGGAAGUGAAACUCGAAUCCCAGCCAGAAGGAAGCACGUGAUCUCUCCCACCAGAAAGGAUCACGGAGGCGCGGGCGGGACAGGUGCGGUGGCCUCGAGCGCAUGCAACCCCUCCAGCUCGGCUUGGUCUCUUGGUGUUCUUUGGAGGCCUGACACCUGAACCUCACCCCCUCACUCAACCCCUUCUCCAGAGGCUAAAAUGAGGACUGUCACGGGUCCCAAGGGAAGCCGAGGCAUAGGGUGGGGGUGGGGGGUAGUUUGAGCCGGCGGGUCCUUUAGGCUCUUGACCUCAUGACUUAGCCAGUUCCAGUUUUCAGAGACCAAGAGUCUAGCGAGAACCAGGAGGAACAGUGGGGGUCGGGGGUCGGCUGUGGGGGUGGGGGUAGGGGUCGUUGUCUCACACCAGAGUACCUUGUAAGCUUUAGGGCCCGUGCCCCAGUCCCCUCAGGCGGCUGGCGCCGGGCUGCACAAGCUCUUACCACCCUCGCGCGGCCGCUGUUGUUGCGGUCGCUAUGACGACGGGUCGCGGUUUUAUUUUUAAUAGCGGUCGGCGAUUAGAGCAGUGCCUGCGCCCAGCUCCCCGUGGCUCCCGCGUCCCGGGCGAUGAAUCCAGGCCUAGCCUCAUUCUGGUCCCUGAUGUCCCCUAGCGUCUUCAGAAUCCCUCCCGCCCGGCUUUGAUUUCCAGCUGGGCGUCCCUGCUGCGCCAAGAGAGUAAAGGGAGAGAGAAGCACCGAACUAGGUGGGGUCCCCAGGAACCCGCAGCCUCCAUGCGGAGGUGGUGGCCGGACAGGCGCGGCAUCCCAGCAAUGCAACCGGAUCUUCUUCCUGGAUUCUCACAUCCACCGUCACACCGGGUCGUCGAACCGCAAAAAGGUGUCCUUUGGUGCUCUCUGCCUGUGAGAAGGCCGAGGGCUUGGCGGGACAGGCCGCGCAGAACAAUCGGGAUAAAACGGUGAGGAACUCGACUCAGGUCUAGAGUGGUCCUGGCAGUCGCCACCAGAAGUCAUCCUCUUCAGAGCAGCAUAAAGUUUCACCAGUACGGACAAGGCCUGGGCUUUCGAAGACCUCGAGGUGGGGCGCUUCUCAACGUUUUCCAUACUCCCUCUUUAGGCCAAGAGAGGGUGUCCUCUUAUCUCCUGAGCAUCCCGAGGUGUUAGGGCUGGGGCGUGGUGAUGGGGCCUACAGGCCUAAGGAAGUCUGUAGAUUUGGGCUCCAAAGAUCUUCAGCUACCCCCUCCCCCCACGCCCACCAGGUAUUUGGAGCUAGGUGAGCCGCCCGUGUUGGGCCCUUCCAGCUCAGCCUUUGAAAUGCAGGAACCCGGGAAGCUGGGGAUGAAAGGCUCCUGCCCGGCUGCGCCUUUGUCUGGGGACAAAGAAGAUUGGUGGGGGAUUGGACCCGGGCUGGGUGCACGGGUUAAUUCACAUGAAAGGGAGUGAACUGGACAGGCUGUAUCCAGUUGCAUCCCUACCCUUGGAGCCCUCCAUAGUCUCCAGAGCCCUAGGAGGCUAACUUUGGGAUUUGAAAGGUCCACAAUCCUCUAACCCGAGUUAAGGAGCUGACAGGACUGGCCUUGCCGUCGGGUCACAUCCCACCAGGAAUCCAUCUCUCUCAAUGGGAGAACCGUCCAGCCCUGAUCAGACUUCUGUCCGCAUGUGCCUUCCCCGCCACCCGUCUGUACUGUGCCUUGGCCGGAGGUGGCGCUCUGCGCUGCCUUGGAUCCCAAGGUAGAACCCAGGAGUUCCUCACCAGCCGCUUCUUUUCUAUCUUUCCUUCUAUCCCUCCAGCUCCCCAUUCAGGGUUCGGCUAGGCCUUCGGCCAGGGGCUAAGGAUCUGGAGGGUGCAGGGUGUCAAGGUGGCGAUGAGGCAGGAGGCAGCCUCCUCCCCGACCCUAGCCUCGCUUCCACCUCCACACAAGAGUGCAAGUUCCUCAAUCAGGUGUCCCAGGCUUUGGCUCUGGGGCGCGGGCGCGUGGCAGCCGUCAGGAGCCCGGCUGGAGCGCCCGCCCCGCGGCCUCGCCUCCCUGCCGAGCUUCCAGCGCCUCGGGACGCGAUGAGGACCUGGGCUUGCCUGCUGCUCCUCGGCUGCGGAUACCUCGCCCAUGCCCUGGCCGAGGAAGCCGAGAUACCCCGGGAGUUGAUCGAGCGGCUGGCUCGAAGUCAGAUCCACAGCAUCCGGGACCUCCAGCGACUCUUGGAGAUAGACUCCGUAGGGGCUGAGGAUGCCUUGGAGACAAGUCUGAGAGCCCAUGGGUCCCAUGCCAUUAACCAUGUGCCCGAGAAGCGGCCUGUGCCCAUUCGCAGGAAGAGAAGUAUUGAGGAAGCCAUUCCUGCAGUUUGCAAGACCAGGACGGUCAUUUACGAGAUACCUCGGAGCCAGGUGGACCCCACAUCGGCCAACUUCCUGAUCUGGCCCCCAUGUGUGGAGGUGAAGCGCUGCACUGGCUGUUGUAACACCAGCAGCGUCAAGUGCCAGCCUUCACGGGUCCACCACCGCAGUGUCAAGGUGGCCAAAGUGGAGUAUGUCAGGAAGAAGCCAAAAUUGAAAGAGGUCCAGGUGAGGUUAGAGGAACACCUGGAGUGUGCAUGUGCGACCUCCAACCUGAACCCAGACCAUCGGGAGGAGGAGACAGGAAGGCGUAGGGAAUCAGGUAAAAAGCGGAAAAGGAAAAGGUUAAAACCCACCUAAGGCGGCCGACCAGAUGUGAGGUGAGAUGAGCCGGCCGCCCUCUCCCGGGACACGGAUGUGCGUGGCGUGUGACAUUCCUGAACAUACUAUGUAUGGUGCUUCAUUGCCAAUGUGCGUGCGGUCUUUGUUCUCCUCCGUGAAAAACUGUGUCCGAGGACAAAGAGACAGUGUCCGUUUGUUCAGUGUGACAUCAAAGCAAGUACUGUAGCACUCAGAGAGACAGUGAGAAAGCUUCCUUGUCACAGAGAGCGAAAACAAAACCACAAAAAAGAAAAAAAAAACAAAAAAAAAAUUAAAAACAAAAAAACAAAAAAAACAAAAACAAACCAAACCACACCCAACAACAAAAAAAAACCCCACCAGAAGAAACAAAAAGACUGAAGUGGGCGACGGAAGGGCCGCCCUGCAGGACUGACCCUCGAGAGGUGGCUGAUGUUGGCCACCACCCUGGAUUCUGCCCGUGGGCACAGGUGCUUUUCGCCAAGGACGCCUGGAGCCCGCCUGGGAUGCUGCCUGCCAGCUCCGUGGGAACUGAACAGGUGGGAGAUGCCCACGGCCUGGAAGCCACCACCUCGCUUGAGUCUGCCUAGGACCUUCCUGAUGGCCUUACGUGGAAUUUCUUUAUUUUCGUUUUCCUUUCCUUCUUUCUCUCUCUUUUUUUACACCAUGAAGUGAGUAAGCUUCUCCUUUUUAUUCUCUGCCUAGCUUUUUUUUUUUUUUUUUUUAAAUCUCUUGGAUGACAUUUUCGUCGAUAACACGCACGAGGCUGCUGUAAGUUGGGACAGCGAGACGGUUAUUUUUUUCCUAGCCAAACUAAUGAGGUGUAUUAAAAUAAACAUGAUAUACCUACCUAUCCAUUA